AUGUCUGCCAACGCCCCUCAAACCCUAUCAGUGAAGCGGAAGCGAGGGGAGCAACCUGUGGAGGCAUUGCUGCUCGCCUCGCCCGCAGGAAAGCGUGUGAAGCGCAAGCUCGAUCUGCCUGAAAGCGAGAGCAAGCGCUCGAAAAGCGAUGAGGGAACCGUUGUUUGGAGACUUGUUACGAGCACGCAUGUCCGGACGGUGGUAGAGACACAAGUCGAUGCAUCAUCCGCUGUACCGCGGACACCUACGCGCCGCUUCCAUGUCUCCCGCACAGGAGGCAAUGUCGUUCUCUUCGAGAAGCACGAGAUUGAGCUGCAACAAGCGACACAGCAGCAGCGCAUACCAGAACCGUCCGCCUGUCAGCCCGAAGUAGCCAGCAAUCGCACCGCCGAACCCCCCAACCAACCCACUCCUCCCCGAAAGCGUCCUGGCGCCCACGCAGCCCUCCCCAAGGCCCAAGCCCCCUCUAAACCCUCGUCAACCGCCAACAAUGACAUCUCGCCCGAAGUCCUCGCCCAAUUCGAAAAGUUCUCCCAGGAGGUGGAAAGCGGCCUCACCCCGACUCGACCAGUCCGGCCACCGCAGACGAUAUCACCAGCAGCGUCGAAACGGCGGUAUCGUGACCGUCAUCCCGAGCAAGCUGCUGCCGCCGAUGCUGCUGCUGCAGCGGUGGGCAAGGAUCCCGAUGCCAUGGACGUGGAUUCGACCGGCGGCGAUUACGUGUACGACACAUAUGUGCGAGAAGUCAUCAUGCCCGAUGCCGACGGCAAGCUUCCCGAACCCCAGGGCUCAAUAGGCUACAUCGUCUUGACAGAAGAGGACGAAGACUGGUGGAAUGGAGAUGAAGAUACGGACAAGGAGUUUGAUACGGAUGACGAGGAUUCCAAUGCCGAGGAGUAUUAUGCGAAUGAUUACCCCGAGGACGAGUUGAGUGAGGAUGAUGAGUUUGAUAGGAAUGCCUAUAGGCAUUAUAGGGGGGAGAGCGACGAGGAGUAUGACCUCGAUGAUGAGGAUGAGGUUGAGGAUGAAUACGGAGAUGAAGGGGAUGGGCCGUUCAGCCAAAGGGUUCCGAAGGCGAGGGCGGUGUAUUGGGGAACGGCGGGAGAGGUGUGA